AUGGUAGCACGACUCCUUCUGUUCCUGUACACCAGACAGUAUCCCGUUCGUGGCACGGAAGAAUGGCAAACGCUCGACGAUGAAUACUACUAUGCACAUCGGAAGCAGCUGGCAUCUAUGAUUAAAUGCGACGACAAUGAAGAAGAGAUCCCCACCAUUUCGCUCUGUGUGGAGGCCGCUGUUUACGGUUUGGCCGAGAAGUACGAGGUACCCCGGCUCAAGCAACUGAGCCUAGAAGCAUACCAAGCAAGUGCGAAGAUGAAUGUCCGGAGUCCUCCAGCAAUAGCACAGUUCACAAGAUCUAUCGAGAUCGUUUACAGCACCACCAAACCACCAGACCAACUGAGAGAUUUCGUUAUCUGGAAGACGCAAACAGAUUACCUCACGACACCGUAUUUCACCCUCUUCCGAGAACUUUUCACCUCAAACCGCGACUUUGCUUGGGAUCUUAAAGUAGCGGUUGCGGAUAUCAAACACCUUCAUGUCUACGAUUUCGACAACACCUUAUUCUCCAGCCCUCUUCCGAAUCCACAGCUUUGGGCCGGACCUACGCUUGGCCUCCUGCAGGCAUAUGAGUGCUUCGCUAAUGCUGGUGGAACGAAGCGAUUGUGGGCACAUCCCGUCCACAGCCGUGCUACUGGUAUUGACGAGCUGCAGGUCCAACUCGUCGAGCUGAGCAUCAAGCAGAAAGAUGCCCUCACGGUCCUCCUCACGGGUCGUGGCGAGACGAAUUUCGCAGAUGUGGUGAAGCGUAUUGUGGACAGCAAGGGUCUCAACUUCGACCUGAUAUGUUUGAAACCAGAAGUCGGACCCAAUGGACAACACUUCGUCACCACGGCAGAGUUUAAGAACGAGUUCCUCAAGCACCUCGUCUUCACAUAUAAGCAUGCGGACGAGAUUCGGAUCUACGAAGACAGGCCCAAACACGUGAAGCACUUCCGAGAGUACUUCGAGAAGCUCAAUAAGUCCUUGCUCUCGCAUCCCAUCGAUCAACCUCCUCCUCCUCGCAAGCCCAUCACAGCAGAUGUCAUCCAAGUCACCGAGCUCAAUUCGUACCUCGAUCCAGUCAUCGAAACGUCCUCCAUUCAAGCCCUCAUAAACAAGCACAACACAGUUGUCACCAAAGGUCUCCCGAACACUACACGCUCUCCGUAUCCAAGAAUGAAGAUAACAUCGUCGUAUAUCUACUUCGGCUACCUCAUCAACCCCACUGACUCCGCGCGUCUCCUUACCCUCGCCUAUAUCCAACCUCCGUCUCUCAUUGACUCUAGCGACAUCCGCCUCAUGGCAAACUCUAUCCUCAUCGCCCCAAGACCACCAAACCGCCAGACCCUGGACAAAGUCGGAGGCAAAGGCAAGAAAGUUACGUGGCAAGUAACAGGCACAGCGGUAUUUGAAAACAAGAUAUGGGCCGCACGGGUCGCACCAGUACCGGAAACCGAAAAAUACUACACCAAUGAUCCAGUACCUGUCGUAGUUUUAGCAGUACGCAAAGGUGCCCGCCCUAUCGAUGCAGGAAGAAUCCAGAAUUGGCAACCGGUCCCCGCGGAGAAAGCGUUCAUUUUCGAGACCGUAGUUGGCGACAAGCAAACACUGAAAGUCGAAGCAGAAGACUCAGGAGACGAUCGCUAUGAAUCGCGUCCUUCGAACCGCGGAGGCACUACGAAUGGCUACUACGGAGGCUGCUCUCGAUUCCCAUCUCACCCAAUCUGA